GUUGCACAUGCUCCUCCCAAAAAAUACUCGACUACGUCCCCACCACAACGUCUUAAGUAAGUAGUAGACCUAUGUAUAAAAGCACUGUGCUAUAAUGACACACCAAUAGAUACUGUGCACCUUAAGAAACAAUCCUACGAUCUUUUUGGUGCAUAAAAAUGUUUGUGUACGGUGCCUCGGUGCUCAUAAACGUUCUGCUCGAGCAGAUUUCUACCAAAGUUCUUGCAGUGUUUUUGGCGGUAUUAAUUAUUGUUCGCGUUCUACAAGUGUUAAGGGAAGCUUUUUUCUUGCCUCCAGGACCUUGGGGAUUGCCAAUUUUGGGAUCUUUACUCUCUCUGAAAGGUGAUUUACAUUUACACUUCAGAGACUUAACCUAUAAAUAUGGCUCGUUGAUAUCCACCAGACUGGGUACACAGCUGAUUGUUGUCCUAAGUGAUUAUAAAAUGAUUAGAGAUGCUUUUCGCAAAGAAGAAUUUACCGGGAGACCAACAACAGAGUUUACGAACAUCCUCGGAGGUUACGGUGUAAUAAAUACAGCAGGUAAACUCUGGAAGGAUCAACGACGAUUCCUCCACGACGGUCUGCGUCAUUUUGGAAUGUCCUAUUUGGGAUCUCGAAAGGCUCAAAUGGAAAAUAGGAUUAUGAAAGAAGUUGAAGAAUUUUUGUGUGUUUUAAAAGCACGUAAAGAUCGCCCCAUUGAUUUAAAUCCAGUUUUGGCAGUCUCCAUUUCAAAUGUUAUUUGCGAUGUCUUAAUGUCUGUUAGAUUUUCUCACAACGAUAAAAGAUUCAUCAGGUUUAUGGAUUUAAUUGAUGAAGGUUUUAAAUUAUUUGGAAGCCUACAAGCUGCUUUGUUUAUUCCUUUUUUAAAAUACUUACCAGGACACAAUUCCACUAGAGAAAAAAUUUCAAAGAAUCGUGCUGAAAUGGGGGAAUUUUUACAAGAAACCAUUGACGAACAUCGUAAAACUUUUGAUCCUAGCCAUCUUAGAGAUUUACUUGAUACUUAUCUAUAUGAAAUACAAAAAGCCAAUGAAGAAGGAACAGGGCAUCAUUUGUUUGAAGGAAAAGACCAUGAUCGUCAAAUGCAACAGAUUAUGGGCGAUAUGUUUUCCGCCGGUAUGGAAACGAUAAAAAGUUCACUUCAAUGGGCCGUUCUUUUUAUGCUUCAUAAUCCAGAAGUUAUGAAAUCAAUUCAAGAAGAAAUGGAUCAAGUAAUAGGUCGUCAAAGACUGCCAAAACUUGAAGACCUAGCUUACCUACCAGUUACUGAAUCUACAAUCCUAGAAGUAUUGAGAAUUUCCAGUAUUGUACCUAUGGGGACUACACACUCACCAACAAGAGAUGUUAAGUUAAACGGCUUUCACUUGCCUCAACAUGCUCAGGUGGUUCCUCUACUGCAUGCUGUUCAUAUGGAUCCGACAUUAUGGGAUGAACCUGAUAAAUUUAAUCCUUCAAGGUUUAUCAAUGCUGAGGGAAAAGUUCAGAAACCAGAAUACUUUCUUCCAUUUGGAGUGGGCCGACGAAUGUGCUUAGGCGAAAUUUUAGCCAGAAUGGAAUUGUUUCUGUUUUUCUCUUCACUUUUGCAUUCUUUUAACAUAAGCGUACCUGAAGGAGAAACAUUACCAAGUCUUAAGGGUAUUGCUGGUGUGACCAUUACUCCAAACGCUUUCAAAGUAAGUUUAAAGCCCAGACCUAUGGAGUGGGAAAAUGCAGCCACUACAAUAAGGCCUGCUGGAAGUCACUAAGUUUUGUUUUUUUCCAAGAGCACGGUUAAAAAGUGUUCCUAACUCCUAACGCCGAUAACAGUACUUAUUUUCACGAACAAGAUCUCUAACUGGAACGGCUGUGUGCAAGUGUUCAUUUAUUUCUUAGUAUUAAUACAAUUAGCAAGUAAGAUUUUAUGCUAGUCAUACAUUUUCAUUGAAUGUAACUCCAAAUGGUUCAUAGUUACUUAUUCUUUUUACCAUUUUGACAUAUUUGAUUUUUUUACCGUUUUUAUAUAAUAUAUGUUUAUUUUUUAUUUUAUUAUAGAGUAAUUUGGAGUUACUCAUCAUUAAUUUUUUGUCGUUACCUAUUUUUGUAUAAACCUGUGAAUGUUAAAGAUAG